AAUUAACAAAUCCAAAGUGCUUGCAUUUGCAGGUCGAUAACAUUCUGUACUUAUUUUGCAAUUAACAACUCUAUAAAAAAAUCAAUGGCUUUGUCUAAAGUUCUCUAUCUCUCUAUACUUGUUAACUUCCUCCUUUUGACAAUUAUCAAAGCACAAGACACUGACACUCCUGUUUAUGUGUAUAAAAAUUGUUCCAUCAACGCUACCACAACCAACAAGAGUACAUUCGAAGUCAAUCUCAAGACCCUCCUCUCUUCCUUGUCAUCAAAAACCAACGACAACACUGAAUUCUACAACACCACGGUAACUGGGGUAAACCCCUCUGAUUCUGUCUAUGGACUCUUCAUGUGUAGAGGUGAUGUACCCUCUCAGCUCUGUCAUCAAUGCAUAGUUAAUGCAACCCAAAUACUAUCCUCAGAGUGCUCUUUGUCUAAACAAGCCGUGAUUUGGUACGACGAGUGCACGGUACGAUACUCCUACCGCUCUUUCUUUUCUACCUUUGAUACAAGGCCUCGACUUGGAGUGUUGAACACCGGCAACGUCUCAAACCAAAACAGCUUCAUGCGUCUAUUGUUUUCGACCAUGAAUCAAACUGCAGACGAAGCAGCACGUUCUCUUCUUGGUGAUGAGAACAAGAAAUUUGCCACAAAACAAGCAACUAUUUCAGGAUCUCAAAACCUUUACUGUCUAGCUCAGUGCACGCCGGACUUGUCGCCUAAUGAUUGCAGAAGCUGCCUCAGUAGAGUGAUUGGGGAUCUUCCAUGGUGUUGUGAGGGAAAGCAGGGUGGGAGAGUUCUCUAUCCCAGUUGUAAUGUUAGGUACGAACUAUAUCCUUUUUAUAGGAAUGUUAGUGAUUCCUCAACACCAGCUGCACUUGUUCCUGAAACUAAUGAUUCAAAACAAGAUUCGGGGUUUUCACAAGAUCCAUUUUAUCUUUUCCAUAAUUGUUCAAGUAACCAUUCCUUAACUAAAGACAAUACUUUUCAAAUAUACACCAAAACUCUCUUCUCUUAUUUGUCUUCCUACGCUACCAAUGGCAAAAUAUUUUAUAAAGAUAAUGUGGAACAAAUGGUGUACGACCAUUUCAUGUGUAGAGGUGACCUUCCACCUCACCUCUGUGGUCAAUGUGUGAAAAAUGCAACAGAUCGAUUAUCUUCGAACUCAAAGUGUCGCUCAUCGCUUGAGGGUAUAAUUUGGUAUAGUCACUGCUUGCUUCGCUAUUCUGAUCAAUAUUUCUAUAAGAUGGAAACAAGUCCUAUGUAUAGCGAUAUAAAUAUUUCAACAUCUAACUCGGAGCAAAAUUCAUUCACUAAUAUAUUAUCGAAUCAGUUAUCUCAGCUCGCGAAGGACACAGGGAAUAGUGUUGAAAGAUAUUCGGCAAAAUCAGUAAAGUUGAAUGAUGUACAAACAUUGUAUACUCUUGAACAGUGUACUCAAGAUUUGUCCAGUGAUGAUUGUAUUUUGUGUCUAAAUGAUGUGAUUGGUACAACAAUUCCAUGGUCCUUAUUGGGAAGUGUUGGGGGAAGAGUUUUGUAUCCUAGCUGCAAUUUGAGGUUUGAAUUAUUCAGAUUUUAUGGCGACAACGACGAAACUCAGCCGCCUAGCAGUCCUAUGCCGUCAUCACGAGAUGCAGGUGAACUAUUUGUCUUCUAA